GUAACCUUGGACGCUCAUUUGUCAGCUCGUAGUCUGCUACAAAGCUGUAACGACUAACAUAACGUGUGCGUUCGAUAUAAAAUGCCGACAUGGAAUCAGAUUCAAGGGCAAUUGAGGCAUCCUAAUAAUCCGGUGGUGUUCUUGGAUGUAACAGUUGGAUCAACAGAUAUUGGACGUAUCAUCAUAGAGCUGUUUGCUGAUGUUGUACCAAGGACAGCUGAGAAUUUUCGGCAAUUCUGCACAGGAGAAUUCAAACGAGACGGGUUGCCAACUGGUUUUAAAGGAACGUCUUUUCAUCGGAUCAUUAAGGAUUUCAUGAUUCAAGGAGGAGAUUUUCUUAAUGGAGAUGGAACUGGGUGCUUAAGUAUUUAUGGUGAUACUUUCAAUGAUGAAAAUUUCAACUUGAAACAUGAUUCCCCUGGACUUCUAUCUAUGGCAAAUAGUGGACGAGACACAAAUGGCUCUCAGUUCUUCAUAACUUGCUCCAAGUGUGAUUUCUUGGAUGGCAAGCAUGUUGUAUUUGGCAGAGUUUUAGAUGGUUUACUCGUGGUGAGGAAAAUUGAGAAUGUUCCUACUGGGCCAAACAACAAACCCAAGAUUCCAGUGUCUGUAUCCCAAUGUGGUGAGAUGUAACAACAAAUUAAUACAUGAUUCUUUGUAUCA